GUUUUGAUGUUGAUUGAUGCCAGCUUUGGCUUUGAGAUGGAGACCUUUGAGUUUCUCAACAUCUGUCAGGUACAUGGCUUCCCUCGUAUCAUGGGUGUGCUGACUCACCUGGAUUCAUUCAAGAAUAACAAGACACUAAGGAAGACCAAGAAAAACCUGAAACAUCGCUUCUGGACUGAGGUCUACCAGGGGGCCAAGCUGUUCUACCUGUCAGGUAUGGUGUAUGGUGAAUAUCAGACUCAGGAAGUGAAGAACCUCGGUCGCUUUAUCUCUGUCAUGAAGUUUCGUCCUCUGGUUUGGCAGACCUCCCACCCAUAUGUUCUGGUUGACCGUAUGGAGGACUUGACUGACCCUGAAAGCGUAAGGACAGACCCCAAGUGUGACCGGACAGUGUCACUCUACGGCUACUUGCGAGGGACAUAUUUGAAAAAUAAAUGCCAGGUCCAUAUCCCAGGUGUAGGAGACUUUCAGGUGGCAGACGUGAACUUUCUGCCAGACCCGUGUUCACUGCCAGAUGCUCAGAAGAAGAGAGCGUUGAAUGAGAAGGAACGUCUGCUUUAUGCACCCAUGGCUGGAGUUGGGGGGGUUGUGUACGACAGGGACGCUGUUUAUAUUGACCUUCCUGCUAACCACGUCAAUCAACAGCAGGACGAGGUGCGGCCCACCACAGAGCUGGUCCAGUCUCUUAUUGACACACAUGCUACCCUGGAUGCCAAGAUGGCUGCCAGUAAGGUGUCUCUGUUCAGCGGCUCUGCCACCCUAGACCCAACAGGCAUCGACGAGCAGAGCAGAGAGGAGGAGAGUCCGCAAGAGAAGCAUGUCUGGGAUCCUAACACCCAGAGAAACAGGAGGAAAGUGGUCUUCGCUGAGGAGGAGGAAGAUGAUGUUAGCAGCACCACUGAUGAUGAGGAUGGUGACAGUGAGCAGGAAGAGGAUGAAGACAAGGAUAAUCUGUCCAUAUUUCUCAAAGAGGCUAGAGCCCAAUCUGAAAAGACAGCAAAGAACGUAACAGACACUCCACCAGUGAAAAGACAGAAGCUGGAGGAGAAAAAGGAAGAGGGCGAAGAGAUGCUAGCGUUUGCUGACAGUGAAGACGACCUAGAGAUGAGUGAGGAGGAGGAGAGCAAGAAAGAGGGAGAGGCUGCGAGAGCAAGAGACUCUGGACACUGUUUUGAAGAAGAUGAGGAAGAAAGCGAUGAUGAAGAGUCAGAAAAUGAAUCAGUGGAAGAGGAGGAUGAUGCAGAUGAUACAGUGAAGAAACAAACAGAGAGUGAGGAGGAGGAGGAGGGGGAAGGGGAAGAAGAGCAGGGGGCUCUAAGGUGGAAGGAGGGUCUGCAGCAGAAAGCAUCAGAAGCUUUUCUACGGCAACAAGAAGCUGCCCCCAAUCUGAGAAAACUGAUUUAUGGUUCAGUUGUAGAAGCCAAUGAUUCUGAGGACGAGGACAAGGAGCUGGGGGGCCUAUUUCGAGUCAGCCGCCCUCAUAACAGCAAAAAGUUCCAAGCAAACGCACUUGACUGCUCCCGCUUCAACCCUGACACCUUUCACGAUUGGGACUUAGAGGAGAUGCUGAACUCUAUCAGGGACUGCUUUGUAACAGGGAAGUGGGAAGAGGGCCAAGACGCUGCCACACUGCUAAAGGAGGACGAGGAACUGUAUGGUGACUUUGAGGAUUUGGAAACCGGAGAAAUCCACAAGGGCCCAACUGAGCAGCAGGAUCCAGCUGAGCAGAAUGAGGAAGCUGAAGAGAGUCAGGUGAGGGUGGAUGAUGAUGAAGUCCAGAAGAACAAGCGUCUGCAGAAGAAACGUAGGCUAAAGGAGCGAUUUGAUGCAGAGUACGAUGACGGAGAUGCCACUUACUUUGAUGACCUGAAGGAGGAGAUGCAGAAGCAGGCAGAGCUGAACAGGACAGAAUUUGAGGAUGUGGAUGAUGAGACCAGAGUGCAGUAUGAAGGGUUCCGACCAGGAAUGUACAUCAGAGUAGAAAUCUCUUCUCUGCCCUGUGAAUUUGUCACCAACUUCGAUCCCCAUUAUCCCAUUAUCCUCGGAGGUCUGGGCUCCGCUGAGGGCAAUGUAGGAUACCUGCAGAUGCGACUGAAGAAACACCGCUGGCAUGGUCGCAUCCUCAAGACACGGGACCCCCUCAUCUUAUCAUUAGGCUGGAGACGCUUCCAGACCAUUCCCCUCUACCACAUUGAGGAUCACAACGGACGCCACCGCCUCCUCAAAUACACGCCGCAACACAUGCACUGUGGUGCCUCCAUCUGGGGUCCUGUCACACCACAGGGCACAGGCUUCCUGGCUGUGCAGUCAGUAGCAGGAACUAAAGCUAAUUUCCGUAUUGCAGCCACAGGAGUCGUCUUGGACCUGGAUAAGUCUGUGACUGUAGUGAAGAAGCUCAAACUCAUUGGUUACCCCUACAAGAUCUUUAAGAACACCUGCUUCAUUAAGGGCAUGUUCAACACUCUGCUGGAGGUCGCUAAAUUUGAAGGCGCUUCUGUCCGAACAGUAUCGGGGGUCAGAGGUCAGAUCAAGAAGGCGCUGUCUACACCAGUAGGAGCUUACAGAGCCACAUUUGAGGACCGCCUGCUUAUGAGUGACAUUGUGUUCCUGCGCUCCUGGUAUCCAGUGUCUGUUCCUCAACUCUAUAACCCUGUCGCCUCUUUACUGCUGCCUGUUGGUCAGAAGGACAUCUGGGAGGGAAUGAGGACCCUGGGGCAACUCAAACAUGACCUUGGCAUCCGCAACAACCCCAACACAGACUCUCUGUACAAG